GCAGCAAUUACUGGCCCCUUUCGAGGUAGGAAAGGUUCAGACACGCUCCAGCAUCAUAUCAUACAGGCAUGUGUCAAGAAGUUGACCACUAGAUUUAGCCCAGUUCAGCUGCAGUAUAUGUUCAGAUCCUAUAAUGACAUCUAUGUCAAAUAUUGCGAAAAGCAUAGAAUUGCCCCACACUUCGUAACUACGGCCAAUGGCGGAACAGGGUUCUGGAUUGGCAAUGUAUCAGCACAAUACAUCUUUGUGAACUUCCAUGGCGGGGGAUUUGCUAUGGAUGCGACAAAGAGCUAUUUGGAGUUCUGGCCCAGCAUCCAGAAAGAUCUUGCCGCUCGCAAUAUCGACACGGCUUGGUACUAUCCCACGUACACGUUGACUCCUCAUGCAUCGUAUCCGGUACAAUUCAAAGAGGCUGUAGAGGCAUUGCGGUAUAUCGUUGAGGAUCUCGGACGCCAACCCUCAGAUAUUGUGCUGAUCGGGGAUUCUGCUGGUGCCAGCUGCUGCUUAGCAUUACUGUCACAUCUCAACCACCCCUGUCAGGAUCUUCCUCCUUUACAGAUUGACCAGCCAUUGAAGGCAGCGGUAUUGAUGUCGCCAUGGGUAUCGUUCAGCCAAGACUGGCCCAGCUGUGCCAACAACGCGCACAAGGAUAUUGAUGCUCCUGCAGUGACCGAACUGUGGUCAGAAAUGUUUCUGAAUGGAACCAAAUCUAAUGCGUAUACCGAAGCCGUGCUGGCCCCAGAUGAGUGGUGGAAGGAAACCCCGGUCGAACAGACGCUCGUCCUGGCUGGUGAGGACGAAGUCCUGUUGGAUGCCAUUAUUGCUUGGUACCGUAAAUACCAAGUUAGUACUCACAACGACACCACGAUUGCUAUUGGAGCGGGCGAAUGCCAUGUAGCGCCUCUUAUUUGGCCUCUUUUUGGUGAUCGGCAUGAAAUUAAGCAGGGCCAGGCAUUGAAGCGAUGGCUAUCUUCAUGUCUAUCUUGA